UCAGCCGCGGCGGACGAAGACCCAUCGCGUUGUUCCGAUGCGCGCAGUGAAGCGGUGCCGCGCGCGCGUAGCGGCACGUCGUCGUUGGCAGUUCGUCGUACGCCACGAGUAGUCGCGCGACAGCGGAUCUUCCUGGGACGCGAACUCGCCGGCGGAAAUCGCGGAGUCGUCGAGGGGGCGCGAACCUCGUCGGGACGCCAAGGGCCCAGCUCUUGCCCUUCAGUGAAAAAUAUGAAAUUCUGCAAACGAUCGGCUGAAACGAUUCUUGCGAGCUUGCGGUAUCUUCGUAAAGAUCCACCCGUGUUCUCGCCGCACGCGAUGCGGACGGACGUUAAAAUCUCGCCACGUCUCGCCGGUAAUUGUUGAGGAACCGUGAGGGCUCACGCAGUGGGAAGAGGAGCACGAACUCCGAAAAUCGAAAGCACCUACGACUUGGGAAGCGGUAUGCAUGUCGGUCCCACCUGCGCAAUUUCGAUCGGAAUAUCGAGUCGCGAACGAGGAACUGGAUGCCUUGAGUGAAUUCAGGAUGAUUGCAAAAUUGUCGCGCUAGUUAAGCGUUCGUAAUCAACGUGGAAACGUCAAUCGAGAACAAGUAUAGUACAAUUACAUACGUAACGUAAUUACCAUUACCUCCUGCGUUAUCGCGCCUAUAAUCGUUUGCAGCACAGCCAAUAACGCGGACGGUGCUGUGCGUGCACGUUGAAGUGGACUCCCGACUUUCAUGAUUCGGAGAAACAUUUCGCGGAUAAAGAAAAAGAGAAACUUUGUCCGCUUCGUGCGCGAAGAGGCUUUUAAUAACUAAUUUACCGAAGAAUGUGCCACAACAAAGCAAUUAGUCAUCCACCGAUUGAUACGGAUGCCUCGUCAUCCGGAAUCUUAUUUUUCUGAGACACAAGGCAGGCAUCCAGCCUGUCCGGAUUUCCCUCUCAGGUAUAAUAUCUUCGCUGACGCCCGUGGAUCGUAACUUUAUGCAGAUGUGCCACGUAAACGUGGUUUAUCGGCGAGGACGACUCGAUUCGGUAUGUUCCUGCGUUCCUCGGCGACAGAUACCAGCCGAAUAAACGCAGAUCCGAUUCCCUCACCGAGGCGAACCCUCGCCACUCCGGAGCCUCCUGUUCUCCGCGUCGUGGACGACGCUGCGUGUGACUCGGCGUGUCCGACGUGGCCGCAUUGCGGUGUGUAUAGCACGUCCGGGUACGUAUCGAUUAGCCGGCAAAGUUUGCGCCGCGAGCAAACUCGCCGCGAGUGACCGCGAGCGGCGAAGUCGGAAGAUCGAGGGGAUCGAAACUUUGCCGGGCGGCUAUAAGCAAGAGCGGCUCGAUAUACUCGUCGUAAAUUCCUCAUCGCGUUGGAACGGAAGGGAGAAAGAAGAGACGGGCCGAGCUCGAGGAAACUUGGCGGAUCGAAGAGGCGAGAUAUCGGUUUACUUCUCAAGGCGAGACAGACAGUCUCUUGCACAAGGAGUUUUGGCAAGAAUGUUGCUACUGUGCUAAUCUCUGGGUGCAACGCGAGCUCAGCAUUGAUUUUAUUCAAUGUCACACUAAAUGGGAUGUUAAUGUUACUUUAUCUUUCACUUCGCUAUUACGAAACUAAUUCGCCGAGAUCGCUACAGGUGGGAAAGAAAAAAUAGUCUGCGAAGAUCAAGUUUGGGCCUCCUAUUUAAGAAUAUCGUUGGACACGUGAGAUCAAAGAGAAUCGCUAAAAAGGAUUUCAACGACUUCGUUUGGAAGCCAGAAGGACAAAUCUCGGCGCAUGCCGAGACACACGCGAGAUAGAGGGAGAGAGUCUCGUGAGCUCGCGCGAUAAUCACCAGCGAUUACGGUCCAAGACCGUUGUCUCCCGAGAGGGACAACAAAUCGUUAAACCGGGGUUAAGUAAUCCUCGGCGCAUUGUUCGCCGUCGGCGAAUGCGCGACGUGUAAAGUAACGGGUGUCCCCGGCCGCGGGUGCGCGAUUGUGUGCCACGCGGGAAAAAGAGAAGCGAGGUGGGUGCGUGAGCGAAAUAAAGAGCCCGCGCGUGACUUGACGCGCUUCGGACACGCUGCCGGAUAAGAGGACUCCGCGGCCGCGGAAACGGACCGUUUCGAAAUUCGAUUGUUUCGCGGCUCGUUAAGGCAACCGUCGUGGAACCCAGCGGCUGCGGCCGUGGAGUGCGUACUUGGCGCGAUUUUCCUCGAAACGCUGCAAUUCCCUUCGUGACGGCGGCGACGGGAGAACGACGCGCGAAACGAGGAGGAUACGUCGCGGGAGAGAGGUAGGAGGCGAGCCUUUGUUCAGUGACCUCCUGGGCCGAAACACUCGAAAAGGAACGGAAUUGCAAUUAACGGACUGUUAUCCCAAGGACGAGUCUCUCGUUUGAUUGUGAGACCUGUACUCGAGAGCGCAUCGAGGAGAGCUCGUGGAAAGAAGAAUCUCCCCCUUCCACCGGGAUAAACCGUCCAGGAAGGAGCAGCGAGAUUAAUUAAUCAUCUUUUAUUCCGAGGCGGAACUUGUUGUUCGAAAUUAAUCGAGCGGUCGCUUGCGGUACCUUGGAAAUCGGGUCUAUUCCCCGUAACGAUUGUACAAUCGGCUAGUGACGGCGAGGAGAAGAACGAACUCCAGUUUCGAGCAAGUUACAUCUCCGCGUUCCGCGUGUCGUGGACGGAAAGGAGAACGGGGGGGAAGCGGGAGGAUUUUGUCGGAUGAUUGCAGAAGGCGACGGUCGUUGACGUCGCAGCGUGACAUGCGAUGAGGAUGAGCCACGAUCCAACGAUUUGCCGUCAGUACUUCUACUGCAGCCAGCGUCGACAUCGCGUCAGGGUAUGCGAGAGACAGAGGGACGCCGACAGGCAUAACGACAGGGGCGAGGAUGACGACGAGGACGAGAAUCCUCUGGGGAAGUGGCCUCACGCCCUCAGUUCGACCCUCGCGUGCCUCGGCUGCACUCUGGGACUUUUUAACAUCAGCAGAUUCGCCAUUCUCAGCGUGCAGUUCGGAGCGAACUUUAUUAUACAGUUCAUGAUCCUGUCCCUCAUGCUGGGAAUCCCGCUGCUGACGCUACAAGUAUGUCUCGGACAAAGAUUGGCGGCCGGUUCCGUGGAUAUGUGGAGAAUAUCGCCGCUUUUUCAGGGCGUCGGGAUAGCCCUGCUCACCGCGCAGGCCUUCAUCGGUAUCUACAGCAUAGUGGGUGUGUCGUGGAUGUUCGUGUACUUCAGGGAUUCGUUCAUAACGAAGCAGGAUAGGUAUCGAUGGACGGAGCCGUUUCUUCUCUAUCGAGGCGACAGCCGUCCCACGCACAACACCACCGCUUCGUACAAAUUAUGCGAGACUGUUCCGGAUUACUUUAGCGGUGUGGUGCUGCAAAGACACCACUUGAAUGAGGCUAAUCCCGGUGUCGUCACGCUGAAGUUCCAGGUGGCCUUCAAUCUAGCCGUCGUGUGGAUGAUCGUAUUCGUUUCACUGAGCAAAGGACUGCGAUCCUACGGAAAAGUUGUGUACGUGUUCACGCUGGUGCCCGUGUUCGGCACGUUAAUCCUCUGCACAAAGCUGCUUGGACUCACCCCGCCGGGCUCGAUACACCAACUUUUCCCCGCCACCGUUUGGAACGAAUUCUUUAUUAACGGGAAGUCAUGGGUGGCUGCCUCGAACGAGGUCUUCCUCACAUGGGGUUUGCUCGGCGCGGCCGCUAUGCAGAUAGCGGCUCACAACAAGCACAAGCAUCUCCUGCAGCGGGACACUAGCCUCGUGGUAAUCCUGACGUUUGUGGUUCUCCUCCUCGCGGCUUUCCUAGCGAAUACCUGCGUACAAAUCCUCAGGCAUCACGGUUACUUCUACUCUACGAGUUCUUUCGAGAGAAUAUCAUCGUACACGUUUAUGAUGCUCGCCAGUCAACCGGCACCGCAAGGGUACAGCAACACGCCGGAGAGAUUCAUGUCUCACGCAUCGUUUCUCCUUGGCGAGCGCGUAACACGACCUGGCGCGGACACGAGUACGGAGUCCGGGUACCAGGUGUUACGGCUCGCCACUGAAUUGGUGCCCUCGACGCUGGCAUUGUUGGGCGCCGAGCAGGUGUCGCCGUUCUGGGCGGUUCUAUUUUACUUCAUUCUUAUCUUAUUCGGGAUUGCACAACAGUUGGCGAUCUGGCACUGCGUAAUAACCGGUAUAAUGGCGAUCAAUACGAAAAUGAUGAAGCUCUGGGAGACCACGAUCACCUUUUUUAGCUGUGCUUGCGCAUACAUACUCGGAUUACCCAUGGCUACGGAGUUGGGUAUUUAUGUCGUGUACUAUCUCGACUACACCGUCGGCGGGGUAUGGUGGAUAAUUGUUCUGUAUCUAAUGCAAAUCGCCGCCGUGUUCGCGGUGCGCGGACGUCCGCACACCGGCGACGCGGUCGUCACCGAGUUAUUUUCGCCGACCGGGCAAUGCCUCAGGUACUGGGCCGGUCCUCUCCUCUCCUUCACGUGGAACGUCGUGCUUCCUGUCACAUUGAUAGUUCUGAGUAUCACAAUAUUCAAGAGCAGCGACUUCCGGGAACUGUACUCUUAUCGUCGCACGGACAAAGAUUACUGGGCUGUGUGGGCAAGGCAACUCGGCGCGGCGAUUCAGCUGACACCGAUACUCGUGAUACCGGCGGUGGCUGUCAUACAGACCUGUCGAUACCUGAAUAGCGGGCCACCUGAUAUAUUUGACAGCGAACAGGUGGAAGUAACAAUAAAUCACUGUGAACAAUGUAACGGCAGAAUUCAAUUGCUUUAUCGGCCACCGCUGGAGCCGGAGGAUCCCCGCGACGCGCAGACCCAAAUUGGAAACGACACCGGCACCAGCCUGCACGGGAACGGGAUCUUACCCGCCGCGACCACGGAAAUACCCUUCGAGGAUCCGCCACCGAAGUAUACACCCCCGCCGAGCUACACCACGGCUACCGGAGCGCGGAUCGCGAAGAUGCUGCGGCAGAGCUUCCGGCGGAGCGUGCGGAGGAUCGCGAACGUUCUGGGGGAGAGCAGCGGGCCGCGGCAGAGGCCGGCGUUGCAGCCGCCGCCGCCGGACUACGCGACCGUCCUGGUGGAGAUGAACCAGAGCGGCACGCACGUGUCGCGCGAUCAAGUCGCGAUCCACGUGCUGUCGGAGCUGCGGCCGGACGUAACGAAUACCGGCGGCAGCCGGCACGGCGUGGACACCUCGGUGGUCGAGCGCCGUCAUCGGCCGAACACCAUCGACCGCACCAGCAGAAUCGGCAUCGCGGGGAGAUCGCGCGCGAUCGAGCGCGCCCACUCGACGAUCGACCGCGGUCGCCGGUCGUGCGCGACCACCGUCGCCGCGCAGCACGCCCUGACGGCCGCCGACGUGGCGAACCUGUUGCGCAGCAGCAUACGCAGGGGCACCGCGAGGACGCAGCAGUCCCUGCGCAGAAGCUUCUGCCACGAGGAACCCACGACGACGGCGUCCGUCGAAAAUCUAGUCGAGGCCGCCGCGCCUAUCGGCCAGGACUCCUUGAUCCUAUCGAAGGACGCGUCUCUAGUCCCCGGCGAACAGGUCGACGACCGCGGCGACGGCGACGAUGGCGACGAGAAGAAGACUGCGAGCGAAAUGGAGAGUUCCGUUUCUGUGAUAUAGACUGAUACAUCGGUCGGUCGUGGCACGCACGGCGCACGAAACCGGCAUUUCGGGUCCAGUGACUCCGGUUAGCGUUUAAUCGCCGCCUCUCUUUCUCUCUCUCUCUCCAGACUGUAAACUUUCUACUUGUAAAUAUAGACGGAGAGAAAACCUCGCUAACCGAAAUCGACGUCGGCGCGACGUCGACUCGGACAGCCCUAAAGUGCUUGGAUCGAAAUUAUACAUUGACGUUUUGCUCCCGUGCCUGAGCAAUUGCACGCGUUUGUUGCUACCCCGAAGUAUUCUUGUGUUCUUACCGUAUUUAUUUCUUAAUUAUGCGAUACCUAUAUACAUACACUUCUUCGUUACACGUUUCAGAGAAAAUAAUGCGAUGACGGUGAUACCGACGAUGAGAAAGUAACGUUUUGCAUAAUAUAAUUCGAUGCACUUUUGAAUAUCUCGGACCUCGGUCUCGCGUUUCAGCGUCAAAGUCAGGUAUACGAUUUUAACUCCACUUAAUUCCGCAAUGUACACAAUUUUUCCCUGCCGAAUAAAUAGCAUUCGGAAACAGAUUUAAUUGCGACUCCGAAUAAGUCAUGUAAAUACGGGGGCCCUCGCCUCCCCUCAGUAGUUAGGCAGAGGAGAAUUAUACUAGUGUUGCUAAUAAAGUAGUGCGAUCGUCAGAAGUACAUUGGUCUCUCCUAAUUGCGCUUUCUCCGGGGAUUAUGCGGAAGGGGAGUGACCGAGUUAAGCAAACGGGGUCGAUUAGGGACUACGUCACGACUCUUCCUAGUUCUUCCGACUGGAAACUUAAGCCUAAUCUCUUGAGUUCGAGAAAACAUUUAAUAGCGAUGUGCUUCGAGUCAAUUCGUUUAUGCAGCGUCUGCGGCGAAAAUUGCGCGUGCCCUCGCUCGUCACGAUUAGUCGAUCUUGUAAAUACGUGUAGCAUUUUCGCGAGUGAAUAAAUGUAGCAUUUUGUAAAAUUACAUUACUAUUUUAAAUCAACUUGCUAGGUACGUCCUUUGUCAGUCUCGGAAGUGUAUAGUCCGUCCAGUGUCGAUGUUUUCUGUAUUUUUUCGUUAUGGAUCAUCACGAGAGCGAUUGUCGCAGUGAGUUAAACCGCAUAAUAUCGUCAUCUCGAUCGAGAGGGAAGGAGCCAUCGAAAACGUUUGAUCGAAGCAAGAUUCUGGACAGCUACGUCCGUCGAGAACAAAUUCUGCCAAGUGUCUGCUGCAAGUUUCUAACAAAGAAGCUACAUAUUUGAUGCAAGAUCAUUGUAUAUCUGGCAUAUGCAAUGCUGUUGGAAAAAUACUAACGGAAAUGCACCAAAAUUCGUCAAACGAAAGCUGCGUUCGGCAUUGCAGAUCUCGAGCGUCGUGCUCUCUCGCGUGCGAGUGGGCGAGAAAGGGGAAAGAGAAAUGCACUCCAACGUUCCUCGGAUUUGCAACGCCGAACGCAGCUGAAGCAUGGCAGAAAUCUAAUCAACCAUCUGCCAGUGAAACACGAGCUUAAUCGAGACGCGGCCUGAUUUCAAUUUACUUAGCAAAUUUCGAUCGAAUUCGUUGCCAAUCUGCUGGCGUAUUGGCAGUUCGCUCAUCGAGAUUAUGCGCCGUACAUUCUCGUGUGAUCCUUCAACUUACUAGCGAUACAACAUCCAGAUAUUUUCCGCAAGUGUAACCGUUAUACCUGAUACUGUGGACCACAAUAAAGUUUUUAUGUUCUUGUAAACAUCUUGCCGUGAUCCUCAAUGCUGAGCCGGAGAAAAAGGAUUCGCAAUACUCGAGUGGAUAAAUAUAUAACAUUUUAGUAACUGUUGUUUCAGUUUUAGCGCACGA